CCCGCUUCUCUCUCUCUCUCUCUCGAUUUCGUCCAUUGGGUUCUCCCCAUUUCCUUCUCUUUAAGCCCUUCUCGGCUUCCAUCACGAUUCCUUUUUCACCCAUUUCGAUCGAUCGCGGCGCCCUUUUAGCUUCAACUCGCAAUGGGCGCGGAGAAAUCGAUUCUAUUUUGGAGUUGGAUGGGUUCUGAUAUCUGGGUCUGGUGAUUUCCUCCUUGUCUUCGUUGGAUUUCUUUUUGGAUUAACAGAUAUAGAAAUUGGAUCUUGGGGAGCGAACGGCACGCAAUCUUUGAAUUCUGAUCUUUCUUUGGUUCUCUCUUCUAUUGGGAUCUCCUCGUCGAGAUGCCAGUUGGGUUGUUCUGAUUCAAUUCUUAAUAUCAAAAUUGGAUUUUGAGGCACCAGGCUUUGAUUCCUGCAUCGAUAUACUCUCAAAUUAGUUCUGGAGAAACUUCUCAAAGAAAGAUGGAUUCUUUAUAGGACUUGCAAUAAUUUGAAGGGAAGAGGAUUGGAAGAUAAUUUAGAGCAUUGCUGCUGGUGAUCGAAGGAUGGGGAGGGUGAAGCUAAAGAUCAAAAAAUUGGAGAAUAGCAGUGGUCGGCAGGUCACCUACUCGAAACGGAGGGCCGGAAUAUUGAAAAAGGCUAAGGAGCUAUCGAUAUUGUGUGACAUCGAUCUCAUCCUUCUCAUGUUCUCACCCACUGGAAAGCCGACAUUAUGUGUCGGAGACCGGAGCACCAUUGAGGAGGUUGUUGCAAAGUUUGCCCAACUAACUCCACAAGAAAGAGCAAAAAGGAAAUUGGAGAGCCUCGAAGCACUGAAGAAGACAUUCAAGAAACUGGACCAUGAUGUUAAUAUUCAAGAUUUCAUGGGUUCAAGCAGCCAAACGGUUGAGGACUUAACAAAUCACUUACGGUCAUUGCAAGCUCAACUAUCAGAUGUACAGAAGAGACUGAGUUAUUGGACUGAUCCUGAUAAGAUUAAUGACAUAGACCAUAUUAGGGCUAUGGAACAAUCUCUCAGGGAAUCUCUCAGCCGCAUACAGGUGCAUAAGGAAAACCUUGGAAAGCAACUUGUGUCUCUAGAUUGCAGUAGCCAGUUUCAAAAUGACAUCCAUCUACCCUUGGGAUUAGGCGGUGAGCAUGGUCCAUCGCCUGUAGCAUGGCUUCAUAGCAAUGAUGGCCAACAAAUGAUGCUUCCAGAAGACCCUCAUUUACUACCUCAGAGGUGGGCAGGCAAUUUACUACCUCAUAGAGAUAUCGGAUGCUCCACAGACACAUCUAUUCAAAGUUAUUCUGGUUACUUCAACACAGGUAAACAAGCAGAGGCCACUGAACAAUUACAAGAGGAUUCUUUGCAUGAGUUCAGCCAAAAUGCAUGCUUGAGGCUGCAGCUAGGAGGCCAGUACCCUUACCAGCCCUAUUGCCAGAAUUUAAUUGGGGAGAACACAUUCAAGCCCGAUGCAGAAAAUAGCUUACCAGAAAGCACUAUAGAUUACCAAGUUAAUCACUCUGAGCCACCCAGGCCUGGAUAUGAUGCAAGCUUUCAGAAUUGGGCUUCGACAUCUGGGACAUGUGGUGUUACCAUAUAUGAUGCCCAGUCAUACUCCCGAGCACAAAAUGGUUUUCCUUAAACCGUUUUACUGAUAUGAUCAGCCUCUGGUUUUCGCUGCUGAUGGUUGCGGACUUGUCUGAGCUAUAAUAUUUUUCAGCCGUGUUGAAGCCCUUUAACUGUUUCUUGCAGCAACCAAACUAAGACUUCACAAAUCAUGUUGUUUAUCAGUAUCUCUAGUCGGCUUCUCAGGUCAUUUGGUGGCAUUCAUCCCAUAGAACAUGUACCACAGAAGCUACAUACUUGCAUGAAUCUUCAGCAGCCAUUGACAUGGUUUCCUUAGUACUACAAUACUCAGAGGCCAUUUGUAACAUAAAGAUGUGAUGUAUAUUCUUACCUUGACACAAAAUAGUCGUAGCUACGAAAUAUGUCAUAGAGAAAAUUCUUGGUAGAUAUAAUGGUUAAUGAGCCCCACCUUGCCAUUAUGUUCAGGUCAGUUGUAACAAUUCGCCUUGUAAAUUUUAUUUGAACAAUGGGCAUUGCCCCACCACUCUCUCCAACGAUGAUGGUCGAUGGACUAAC